AAUCGGUAAUUGUAUGGUGGUGUUGUCGGGACCAGGAAAAAUAUCGCAAUAAUGAAGUUAUCGCUUAAUCGAUAAUCGUUAUAACGGUGCUUUACUGUAGUAGGAAUUUUGACGCGUUAAAAAGGUACAAACAAGCCUACGCGUACCCAUGCUCCAACCUAUGCCCAACCCCCGGUCAUCCCACGACCCACUCAUAAAACUUAUGAACAACACCUCCGUACGAUUCCGUCUCGAUCUCGACCCGGAACGAUUGAAAAACAUGGAGGAACACGGUGUGAUGUUAGAGCGCGGCGAUAGUGAAAGCCAGCGAAUUAUCGCAACGGCACUAUUCGACGUUGCUGAGGGAAAAACCCAUCCGAGCUCUGGGCCAUGCCAGUCGCAUCCGCAUUCCCCAUACCGUGGAGACGGCCCCACAGGUGCCGUAUAG